GCCUCUGUUAGGUUUUGUUUAAAUAGAUGUCUCUUCCUUGAAAGGAAAACAAUAUUGAAGGGUUUCUUUUCACUAAGCAAAGAUACUUAUAGAAGUCUAAGAUGAGCGACAAGGAUGAAGAGCUGAAGAAAGUAAUAAUGGAUCUGGAGGAGGAGCGUAGUGAUUUAGAAGAUGCAAACUCCGAACUCUGCCAAAAACUAUGCGAAAGCAAUGAUGAGAUCCGAGAAGCACACGAAGAAUUGAUUAGUGGAUUGAGAGACUUAUCGGAUGAAAGUUCGACGAUCAGAGUGAAAGCAAUGGGACGAAUUGAUGAAAAACCUUUCCUGAAAGUAUGCGAGCAGAGAUUCAGUGGCCAAGACGUUGCACUGCAACACGCCAGGCUUUGCUCUAAAUGGCAGAAAAUGGUCAUGGAUUCAAGAUGGGAACCAUUUAAAAUUCAGAGAUCUGGAGAUAAAAUUGAGGGCGUUGUGGAUGAGGAAGAUGAGAAACUUAAAAAUCUGAGUAUUGAGUGGGGAGAAGACGUGAAGAAGGCAGUCAAGACAGCACUCGAGGAACUGUACGAGUAUAAUGGAAGUGGCAGGUAUCCAGUUCCUGUACUGUGGAAUUUUCAACAUGGGAGAAAAGCGACAGUCAAGGAAGGGAUUAUUGCUCACAUGAAGCAUCAGAUCAAAAAUCUCAAACGCAAACGAACCUGAAUCAAGCACCUUUGACUGAUUGGUUGAUUGUUGUAGCAAGUUUGUGGCUUCAGGAAUCUUAAGUUUAAGCGUUCUCUUUUUAAUUUGUGGUUCUCACUUUGUAUUAAGCCAUUUAAAACCCAUGCAUGGAGGUUUCGUUUGGAAUUGCUGCUUG